GAUAUCACAAAGGAAAACCUUUCUUCGCACCAAUUAAAAAUAAAACAAACUUUAAAUUGUGCAAGCUUCAUAGCAUUAGAUACAGAGUUUACUGGCUUAGGCAAUAAAGAGGCCAAUACCAAAGCAUCAAACAUCGAAGAACGGUAUAUUAAUUUAUCUAAAGUAGUAAAGUCACAUGCUUUGGUAGCAUUUGGUGUUACAGUUUUUGAGGAAAUUGUUGAAAAAGAAGAAACAACAUCACCAUUAGAGAAACAAUAUAAUGUUUAUAAUUUUAAUUUUACCUUGUUGAGUCAAGUCGAUCAUAUUAUAAGUCCACAGAGUUUGGCUUUUUUAUCUGAUACUGGGUUUGAUUUUAAUAAACAAAUUCGUAAAGGAAUCCCAUACUUCCCUGGAAAAGAUCAACAACAUGAUGCCAAUGAUUCAAAUGCAAUUUUGCGUUCUAUAUUUUCUCACAUUAUUUCUCAUAAUUUGAAUACUUUUGUAGCUGAUUUGAAUGAAAUGUUUUCUGGUGGAAUAUUUGAUACAAAAUAUAUAGCUGAUUAUAUUACAAGAGAGAAAAGUAGUUUUUUGUCAUAUUUAUUUAGAAAAUAUGAAAGAGAACAAGUGGAACGAAAAGCUUCUGGUAAUAAAGACUACUUAUUGUUACGAAUACAUGAUUGUAUUGUAUUGCCAUCUACUACUGUUGAAAUUUUGAAGUCUGAACAAUUUGAGCUUGCAAAAAUAUCUAACUUUCAAAAUAAACCAUCCAAACGAUCUCAAGGAAAUUCAUAUUGUGAACAAUAUGCGUUGCAUGGAUUUUGUUCACAAAGAAUGAGAUGUGGAAAAUCACAUGAUUUAGACUUUAUUUUGGAUGAACAAGCAAGGGAAUUUGAAAAUAAGCGAAAGC